GUCGAUCACGUGACCAGGGGCAGCCGGAUUUCCGGUUCCCGGGGCUAUGGGGCGGAAGCGAAGGGAGACGCAAUCUCCGUCUUCUACAUUAGUCGUCGUCUUCGCUGCUAACGUUCUGUUAUGAGUUGCUAAAAUCAUGGUGAAAUGUUGCUCAGCCAUUGGAUGUGCUUCUCGCUGUUUGCCAAAUUCCAAGUUAAAAGGACUGACAUUUCAUGUAUUCCCCACAGAUGAAAAUGUCAAAAGAAAAUGGGUUUUAGCAAUGAAAAGACUUGAUGUGAAUGCUGCAGGCAUUUGGGAGCCUAAAAAAGGAGAUGUAUUAUGUUCAAGACACUUUAAGAAGACAGAUUUUGACAGAAGUGCUCCAAAUAUUAAACUAAAACCUGGAGUCAUCCCUUCUAUCUUUGAUUCCCCAUAUCACUUACAGGAGAAAAGAGAAAAGAUUCAUUGUAGAAAAAACUUCACCCUCAAAACCCUUCCAGUCACAAACCACAGUCACCAGCUUGUUGGUGCUUCCUCAUGUAUUGAAGAAUUCCAAUCCCAGUUCAUUUUUGAACAUAGCUACAGUGUAAUGGACAGUCCAAAGAAACUUAAGCAUAAAUUAGAUCAUGUGAUCAGCGAGCUUGAGGAUACCAAGGAAAGUCUACGGAAUGUUUUAGACCGAGAAAAACAUUUUCAAAAAUCAUUGAGGAAGACAAUCAGGGAAUUACAGGAUGAAUGUCUGAUCAGCCAAGAAACAGCAAAUAGACUGAAUGCUUUCUGUUGGGAGUGUUGUCAGGAGAGCAUAGAAUGAGACUAUAUUUCAUGAAAUAAUUUCAUAUUCUACCUAAAAUUGACCUUGAUACAACUUUUUAGAAAACAGUUCUCAUGUACUAUCACUAAACAAUGUCUAUCAUUGACAGUACUUUGGAUUCUCUGGAGCAUUAUGCAUUAUAGUUGUUUUCCAAAGACUUUUUUGAAGAUGUGCAGAAAUAUUAUAGUUAACAUGUUUUUGUGUGACUUCUGACAAUUAUGUUUUUACAAACUUAAACUAGUGCCAAGUCAGUAUUGUAAGAUGUUAAAAUCUGAAGAAAAUUCUACAGAAAAAGAAAAUGACAUCAAAUUAGCUAUAUUAAGAUAAAAUAACAGGAAUUAGACACUUAUUCAGUGGCAUCAGAUUUUUAGCUUCAGACAAAUAGCAUGAAUAGGUUUUAUGAUAAGUACAUUGAAAUUUUAGAAGUAUUUUACUAAAAAGCAGAAUUCAUUUAUAACACACAUCCAUCUUGGAUCUUUUUAUAAGUCUCAUUUUACUGCCUAUACCACUGACCCUGAGAAUAGCACCUGGUAAAGAUUUGCUGUAUUUUAAAAUUAUUAAGAGCCAAUUUAAGAAGACCGUUCAUGAGAUCUGUUUUUCGAUACCUAUCAUUCCUCCUCGUGAGAGAUACUUUGAUGUAAACCAGAAUAGUUUGAAAACCAAAACAAAAGGGUCAUAAAUUUGAUCUUUAGAUGGUUAGUUGCUUUAACAGCUCUCAAAUUUUGCUUCAUGACUUAUUUCAUAAAGGUAUAUCUUCAAAAUCUCAAUGCCAGAAUUAACUGAAUACUUAUAAUAGUACCUUCUAUAAAAUACAAAGUACUAUUGCUGAAAUUUUAAAAUAUAGAAUAAAUCAUUAAAAAUAAUAAAUGGGUCUUCCAAUGGAAAUAGGAACUAGAGGAGUGGAUUUUUUGUUCAAAGGCUUUUAUUAACAAAAACAGGUAUGUAAAAUAGUUUUAGAAUAGCUUCUUACCAAAUACACAAAAGAAUAACUCUUAGCUAUUUUCUGAAUGAUCCAAGUGUCAGGAAUUUAUCUUCUUUCCUAAUUUCUUACUAAAACAACUGGAAUUAAGAGCUGUAAGUACAGUGAAUUAGGAUAAAAAUAUUGGCCAAAAGUCACACUGUACUUUGAGGCACAUAUAAGUGAGCCUUAAGUUCAUGCUAUAAUAGUGAGCAUUUGAGUAUCAGUUGUUUGUUGUGUUAAUAAGAAAUUAACUGCAUUUUGUGCUAAUUUGUUCAUGGUAAUUUUAUUUGUGUUACAUUAAUAUCAAUAAGGAUAUGGUCACUUGAGGUUUUUUUGUAUUUAAGAAUUUCUGUUUUAAUGCAUGUUAUAUUUUUAUAUAGGAGUCCAAAAUUUUCCUCUAAAUCAGAUUUUACCCACAUUUGAAAGAUAAGCAUAAUGCUAAGAGGAAAUCACUUAGAUUUCCUCUUUUUACUACCUAAAAUCUUUCAUUACUUCAUUUAUUUUAAUUUAAUGAGUACUCUAAUGAAAUGUUUGGGUAAAAUCGUAGGUUUUAUGGAAAUACUUUGAUAGAAAUUGAGACUUUUUCUUUACCCUAUUCCUAAACAUAUGAAUUAAAGCAAGUGAGUGGAUAAUGACAAAAAGUAAAAAUCGAAACACAGUAUCUCCAAAGUCCAUCAUUUUACUGGCUACUUAGAGUAAGGAAGCCUGGAAGACAUUUUCCCUACUUUUUAGUCAGGGCCCUUACCACCUGCCACUCAAAACAAAUACGUAAACAGUAUGUACCUCAGUUCUCUGUCCCACAGAUUCUAGUCCAGUUCUUCUGGGAAGAACUGUCUUGUAUGUUGUGAAACCACAUCAUCCCCCAUCCAACCAAGGCUGCCCCAAGGGUUCCCAUUACUUUUUAAAGCUUCUAGUGGCCACUAAAUCCCAGAGCACACCAAUACCACCAGUUCAACUUCAGUACCAAAUCAGAGUGAAGGACUUGAUGUGGUAUUUUUUAUCAUAUCAGGUUAAAUUUCUGAAAAUAGACUUUGGUUGCUAUUUCUGAAAUUUCUGAAAAUAGACUUAUGGUUACACCAUAGUCUUCAUUUUGAGAAAAUGAAAUGUACUAAAUAUAUAUUUCAUAUUAAUAAAAAGAAAAUUCUUAUAGAAAUAAUUGAGUGAAAAAUCUAUUAUUUAUUUGAAAAAUAAAAUAUUUUCUGUAGUAAUGUGUCGUGACUUUUUUCACAUCUUUCCCUCCAUCAGUAACUCUUAAGAUGGGUAUUCCCAGUUGGAUAACCCAAGUGACAGUCUUGGAUCAGACCACAAUAAGAACUGGCCAUACAACCCCCCCUGUUUUAGACCUCACUCAAAACUUAGACUUUCAUGUCAUCCAGUAUAUAGGCAAAAGCAGUAAUAUUCCUAGGUGUGAAAUAGACUACCUUCAAAAUCCAAAGACAUCUAUCAGGCAUUUGUGCCUCCUUCAGAGUUGGGCAUACAAAUUAUAGUAAUUUGUCUUCACUUUAGAGAAGAUGUCCCAGAGUGUACCAGAUCACUGGACAUACCUCCCCCAAAUUUUUACUGAUAUGUAGGCCUCUUAAAAUUUUUAUAGAUUUUUAUUUCACUCUCUAGAGUAUGGAUGCUUUAUCUAGGCCUCCAUUUUAUUAGUCACUUCUUGCUCAUCUCAUUGGAGUAACAUAAUCCAUCCUUGUGGUAAUCUAAUUUUCUUUAGAAUGUGUAUCUGGUCUAGGUUUCUUAAUAACAAGCAAUAGCAUUAACGUCUUGGGGCAAGACUGCAUACUGUUGUCCAUUCCAUGUGAAUAUGAACUGUUUCUGAUCCUUUUAUAGGGAUCAGUCUAAAUUUUGCAGAGGCCAGAGUGGUGAAUCAAAUGGAGAUAUGAUGAAGGCUACCACUCCAGCAUCUUGUAGCCCCAUAGCAAAUCCACAGAAAACUGAAAUAGGGGAAUAGUAUGCAAAAAAGUGUUAACAGUAGAAGGCCAGACACUAGUCUUAGGAAGGCCUAUGGGAUUGCAAGGUUG